AAGCGCGUUCGGUCGCGGCGCUAGAAGCUCACAAGGAAGAAAGCGCGAGAGAGGCAGUACCAGAGAGCGCCUGCUGCUUGUGAUCGAUGCAGUGAUAGAAGAUGGGGAGGCGCCCGGUGCACUCUUCCUCCUCUUCGUUCGUCUCCGGUCUCGUCUCUGUUGCGCUGGUUUGGAGCCAGGCGAGCCUGCAGGUGGUCACCGCGCAGCAGAAUGCGCCGGCGCCUGCGCAGGUGCGCGUGGGCGUCAUCCUGAAGAUGGCGUCGCCGGUCGGACCGCGGCGGCGGGUCGGCAUUGAGAUGGCGGUGGAGGACUACUACGCGGCGCGCCCCGGCUCCGCGGCCAGGGUCUCGCUGCGCUUCCGGGACUCGGGCGGGGACGUUCUUGGCGCCGCUUCCGCCGCGGUGGACCUGAUCAAGAACGAGCAGGUGCAGGCCAUCAUCGGGCCGGAGACGUCGGUGGAGGCCGAGUUCGUAGCCUACCUCGGCAACCGCACGCACGUCCCCGUCCUCUCCUACUCCGCCACCUCCCCGGCGCUGUCCCCGUCGCAGACGCCCUACUUCGUGCGCACUGCGGUCAACGACUCCUUACAGGCCGCGCCCAUCGCCGCGGUCCUCGCCGCGUUCAGGUGGCACGCGGCGGUGGUCGUGUACGAGGACACGCCCUACGGGUCCGGCAUCCUCCCGGCGCUCGCCGACGCGCUCCAGGGCGUCGGCGCCAAGAUCACGGACCGCGCGGCCGUUCCGAGCGACGCGACCGACGACCGCAUCGACGCGGUGCUCUACCGCUUCAUGGCGAUGCCGACGCGCGUCUUUGUCGUGCACAUGAACCCCUUUCUUGCCGCGCGGUUCUUCCGACGGGCAAGGAACGCCGGCAUGAUGUCGGUGGGCUACGUCUGGAUCGCCACGGACGGAAUCGGCAGCGUUGUGGACGCGAUAAGCCCUGACGACGUCGACGCGAUGCAGGGGGUUGUCAGCCUCCGGCCGUACGCGCGGGUGACGGACCAGGUCAAGAACUUCUCGGCGCGGUUCAGGGCGAGGCUCCGGCGGGAGAACCCAAGUGCCGACGACUACGUCCAUGACCCGAACGUGGUGACGCUCUGGGCGUACGACACGGCAUGGGCGAUCGCGGCGGCGGCCGAGGCGGUCAGUGUCUCCAGCCCAGCGUUCCAGACACCGCAGCGGAGCACGGCACCGACAGAUCUGGACCGGCUCGGUGUGUUGGCCACCGGAGCAAAACUUCUCAAUGCUGUGCACGGCACGACCUUCCACGGCCUCGCCGGUAACUUCACGCUCGUCGACGGGCAGCUACAGCCGCCUGCCUACGAGGUCAUCAACAUCUUCGGGAAAGGCGCGAGGACAGUGGGGUUCUGGACGCCGGAGUCCGGAGUGACGCAAGCUCUCAACGCCAACGGCGCCAAAGGGCUGAAGCAAAUUCUUUGGCCAGGUGAUUCACCGUUGUCACCCAAAGGCUGGGUCAUGUCGCCGAACGGGCAGCAGCUUCGCGUCGCCGUGCCGGUAAAGAGAGGGUUCACACAAUUUGUGGACGUCACCAAGGAUUCGACAACCGGAAGGCGAAACGUGACAGGCUACUGCAUCGAGGUGUUCGACGCGGUCAUGCGCAAUAUGCCAUAUCCGGUGACCUACCAGUACGUGCCUUACGAUGGCAGCUCGGAGUCCUACGAGAAUCUCGUGUCACAGGUGUCCGAACAGAAAGCAGACGUCGUCGUCGGCGACGUGACGAUCACGGCGAGUAGGAUGGACGAGGUGGACUUCACUAUGCCGUUCACCGAGUCGGGAUGGUCGAUGGUGGUGGCGGUGCGCACGGACACGAGCACGAGCAUGUGGAUCUUCAUGCAGCCGCUCACCACCAGCCUCUGGGUCGCUAGCGUCGCCUUCUUCUGCUUCACCGGCUUCGUCGUCUGGGUGAUCGAGCACCGGAUCAACCCCGAGUUCCGCGGCACGCCGUGGCAGCAGUUCGGCCUCAUCUUCUACUUCGCCUUCUCCACGCUCGUAUUCUCGCACAGGGAGAAGCUGGAGAGCAACCUGUCGAGGUUCGUGGUGAUCAUAUGGGUGUUCUUCGUGCUGAUCCUGACGUCGAGCUACACGGCGAGCCUGACGUCGAUGCUGACCGUCCAGAAGCUCCAGCCGACGGUGACAGACGUGCGAGAGCUCCAGCGGCGCGGCGACUACAUCGGGUACCAGGAGGGCUCCUUCACCGAGGACUCGCUCCAAAAGGUCGGCUUCGACAAGGCCAAGAUGCGGAGCUACAGCACGGCGGAGCAGUACGCCGACGCGCUGUCCAAAGGGUCAGCGAACGGCGGGGUCGCCGCCGUGUUCGAUGAGAUCCCGUACCUGAAGCUCUUGCUCUCGCAGUACUGCGACGGCUACACCAUGGUCGGCCCGGUCUUCAAGACAGACGGAUUUGGGUUCGUGUUCCCGAGGGGCAGCCCGAUGACGCCGGACGUGUCGCGUGCGGUCCUCGCACUGGCGGAAGGGAAGGAGAUGGCGCAGAUAGAGAAGAAGUGGUUCGGCGAGCCCGGCGUGUGCCCGAGCCAGGGUGGCAGUGCCGCCGUCGGCUCGUCCAACCUCAGCUUCUCGAGCUUCGGCGGGCUGUUCCUCAUCACCGGCGUGGUCUCUGUCCUCGUGCUCCUCGUCUACCUCGCCACUUUCGUCUACCGGGAGCGCGGUGAGCUCCGGCCGGCGGAGGAGGCCGGCUCCGGGAGCUCGUCGCUGGCUUUGCUGCGCGCGUGGCUGCGGCACUACGAUCAGAAGGACUUGAGGUCCCCCACCUUCAAGACAAGGAACGACGAGUCCAUCAGGAGCGGGAACCAGACGCCGAGGUGGAUCGAUGAGACCGUAAGGGGUGGCCGCGGCGCGAAUGGCCCGGUGCAGGCUGCGAGCGAGGAGGAAGCCAUCGGCAUGAGCCCGUUCAGCAUCUCCACAGGCUCGGAGAUGAUCGCCGGUUCGUCGCCAGCGUCAGAGCUCGGGACCUCGUUCGAGCAGAGGAUGCAGGAGGCGGCAACCUCUGUGGAGAUUCGAAGCUCGAUGGCCUCGUAACUGUAGAUUCCAACCUCUGGGUACAGGGCAAAUGCUCCAGACACGUGUUUAGGAAGCUCGGGCAAUUCCAUAAUCAUUAUAUAUUUUGAAAAUCCGUCCUCUAUAAUACUAUUCUAAUAUCUUAUAAUAUUAUUAUAAUAUUUUUAUUUUUUUCA